AUGGAAGCCGAGGACAAGAAGAGACCCUUCAGUCUGGUCGAACCUGAUGUAUUCACGAAAUCCAAGAAACCACUUCAUGAACUCAGCGAAGAUGGUCCACUUACACAACAGGAUGUUCUUUAUUUCAAAAAGGAGGCCAUUUGGCGUCAGAUGCGAUUUUACAAGCUUCAAGCUGAUCAACUCCAGCUUGAGCUCUCCAAGUAUGAAAAACGGUACCAAAACUUUGUAGCUGCUCAUCAGCUUUUGGAAGCCUGGUAUUCACAAAUCCUCAAGUCCUGCAAUCUCGAAGAAGAACCCCAAAUAGACUUAUCUGCGUCGACAUCUUCGAUCCAAGAAGCUCUAGAAGCUAGAACAGCCAAAUUGGCAGAUCUUCUCAAAUCAGUAGACUCAGAUGGAAGCGGCCUUCGUGAUCUCCUAAAGCUUGAAGGUUGUCUUGCUGCUUCUCAGAAACAGAAAGAAGAUCUCGAAGAAAAGCUAGCAGAGCUACAGAAUGAGCUCACAGCGUUGAGGAAGCUGAAAGAUAGAACUGAGCUGGCUACCUUGCAGCGCAUUCAGAGCAACAGUCUCGCAAAGACCGAGGAGGCCGAGCCCUCUAAUGGCAAGCACGAUAAAGACGGAAGUAUAGAAAACGGUAAUGUGGAUGCUUCAGACACUGUGGUCAUCUCCACAGCGGACAAAGAAGAGCUCGAGCAGCUACGCAUACAAGCAGAAGAGCUCAAGGCUGCCAUUGAAACCUCCAAGCAAUCGCUCGAGAAAAUGAGCAGAAGACUAGAAGGUGCUGAAACGUACAAUCAAAGUUUGAAAGAGCGUUUGAGUAAUCUUACUGAUGAGGACCUUUCUAAGUCGUCUAAAUUUGUCGAGCUCGUGACACAGAACAAGUCUUUACAAGAAUCGCUCGCCCAGACUUCAAAAUUCCAGCAAGAGCUUGUUGACAAAGUUAAGGCUCUUGAAGAGAAGGAUGGUAAUUAUUCCAAGCUUGUCGAUCAGGAGCUUGCAGAUGAGAACACUCGCCUUAAAGAAACUCUUUCAAGAAGCGAAAAUGACCUAGCUAGAAUUCGAGCAAUAAGAGAUGAGUUGCUCGCGAAGCAAACUAUACUCAAUUCGGAGAUGGAGAAUAAAAAGACUAAUGCUGCGGUGAACGAAUUAAAUAGAGUACUCAGCGAAAGGCUCUCAAAACUUGAAAAGACCCGAGAGGAAGAAUAUGAACGCAAGGAAGAUUCAAAUCUUCACAGUUUGUCGAAGGAAGAACUCAUAAAACGCUUGCAUAUCUUGAGCUCAGAAGUCAAGGAGAUCGAGGCAGCAUUUCAGCAGACGAGAAGUCUUUCUUUGGAUAAGUUGAAGGAAACUAUUGAUAAUGAAGGACUCAUGAAGAAACUUACCAUUGAAAAGAACAAGGCUGAUCAAAAGUAUUUUGCAAGCAUGAGAGUGAAGGACUCUCUUUCAGCAGAAAACAAGGUGCUCAAGUCACAAAUCGCGAAGUCUCAGGAAUUGAUUCUGAAGUUCAACGAGACUGAGAAAGCAUAUCUCAGCAAGAUAGAGAUCCUCACCAAGUCCGUGAACGAUUACAAGGUUAUCAAAGAAAUGUCAAUCCAAGAGAAUACGCAGCUACAGAAAAAUCUCAAGAUGCUUAACAAAACCCGAGACAAUUUGGUCAAAGAGUUGAGUGACAUCAAGCAAGAGGCGGCGGAGCUCAAGAAACAGAACGGAGGAUUGACAAAUGAGAUGAACGCCAAAUCCAUGGCUUGUAGUAAGCUUGAGGCCAAGCUUCGAGCCACGGAAAGCUUACUUCAGAAAUACAAACAGAAUAACACAUCGUCCAUUCUUGAGGAAGACGAGAAACAACUAGAGGCCUUGAGGUCGAUUACAAAGUGUUCUGUUUGUCUGAAAAAUUGGAAGAAUACGGCCAUCACUGCCUGUGGUCAUGUCUUUUGCGACGGCUGUGUUCAAGAACGACUCGCCGCUCGUCUUCGAAGAUGUCCCACCUGUAAUAAGGGUUUUUCUUCGAACGACUUGCUUUCGAUUCAUCUUUAA